ACCGCGGGUUGCAUGUUUUUAUUUUUCCUUUUUUUCCCUCCUUUCAAUGCUCUGCUCUUUUCUGUUCUUUUUGACCGGAGUUGAUCAGUGUCUGCAAAGGGCAAUACGGCGAGGGGUCGAAGCGGGGGUCCCACUCUUUAUAAAAAGGGCACCAUUUUUUUUUUUUUUUUGUUAUUUUUUUCUGAAUCCUGGUGUUUCUUACUUCACAUUACUCUCUCAACUUCCUCAACUCUUCUUUUGUUUGUUGUACAAAACAUUUCCGCAACGUUACAUUGCCCAUAAACAUUCCACAUGCACAACGACCCUCAAUUGUAGUUUUUUCCAACAGUUAAUACCCCCAUACCCCACACACAAACAAACACACUUUCCUUCCAUUUAAUGCCUGAACACGACGAAUCUACAUCUCCACAACAAUACAGGAUGACCAACCUCGAAAAGGAAACUGAAGACAAUGGUGCCCAUUCCCUCGCAUCCUCUACCGCUCCUGUCCACCAAUCGAAAACUCGGGACAGCACUUCUAUACCCUCCGACUCAUCGAGUGAUACCUCUUCCGAACAGA